CCUCUUCUCAAUCCUCUCCAGAAAAAUCUCAGGACGCUCGACUCCCUCGAGCUCUGCGGUUCAGCUCGCGCCGCGCCAUGCCCGCCAGCGAGCUCCGUCAGCAGGCGCCGGCGGCUCAGCCGCAUCCGCAGCCUCACCGGCAGUCGGACUACGAGAGGGAGGAGGAGGAGUUCGUGUGGACGCAGAUAAAGGCGGAGGCCCGGCGCGACGCCGAGUCGGAGCCGGCCCUCGCGAGCUUCCUCUACUCGACGGUCCUCUCCCACUCCUCGCUCGCGCGGUCGAUCUCGUUCCACCUCGGCAACAAGCUCUGCUCCUCCACGAUGCUGUCGACGCUGCUGUACGACCUCUUCCUCAACGCCUUCUCCUCCGAUCACGAGCUGCGCGCCGCCACCGUCGCCGACCUGCGCGCCGCCAGGGCUCGCGACCCGGCCUGCGUGUCGUUCUCGCACUGCCUUCUCAAUUACAAGGGGUUUCUGGCUUGUCAGGCACAACGAGUGGCUCAUAAACUGUGGAAUCAGUCGCGUCAGCCGCUAGCACUUGCACUUCAGUCUCGUAUAUCUGAUGUCUUCGCUGUCGACAUACAUCCAGCCGCUAAAAUUGGUAAAGGGGUCUUGUUCGAUCACGCGACAGGAGUGGUGGUCGGGGAAACGGCCGUGAUUGGGAACAACGUGUCCAUUCUGCAUCAUGUUACUCUCGGCGGAACGGGUAAGGCGGGUGGUGAUAGGCAUCCUAAGAUCAGGGAUGGGGUCCUGAUUGGAGCAGGCGCGACAAUACUAGGGAACGUAAACAUUGGAGAGGGAGCAAAGAUUGGGGCUGGAUCAGUUGUGCUGAUCGAUGUGCCACCUAGGACAACUGCAGUGGGGAACCCAGCGAGGCUGGUGGGAGGAAAGGAGAAGCCAAAGGAGCACGAGGAGGUUCCCGGAGAGUCCAUGGAUCAUACUUCAUUCAUUUCCGAGUGGUCAGGUUAUAUAAUCUGACAUGUUGGUUCUUCUUUUUGUAUGCGUGAUGGUUUAGUAUGGAUGAUGGCAUGAAUUUUACUUGCUAUGCCGCUUUAGCUCGUAUGUCUGUUUAUGUUGGCUAAGGAACAGUGCAGAUCGUGUCGCGAGCCUUGGAAUCGCUUCCUUACAUAUGUAUACCAUCAACUCCUUGUAUCAAUCCCCUGGCUU